CAGUCUGCAACUUAGCAGAGAAAAUGAAAAUACCCAAAAACCAAAAAAGAAAAAAAAAAGAAAAAAAAAAAGAAAAGAAAAACUCACUCACUCACACAGUUACAAACUUCAAAAAUCAAAAUUUCUAUGAAAUCCCUCAACUUUGCCAAAUGGGUUCGUACAGAGAGUUGCAGUUGCAGGCUUUUUCACAGCCGUCUUUACUAUUAUUAUUACUGCACUACCAUGCACAAAAGAUGUGCCUGGAGAGACCUCAGACCCUCUCUUCUACUUUUCACUCAUAGCCUGUGACAAUAAUGACUCUCUUUUUAGCCUUAUUAUUACUCUUUUCUCUUAAGAACUUUUAACCCUCAUUUAGUCCCUGCAACCACAGUUUGAUACAUACAUUUAUGUCCCUCGCUGUUCUUGCAGAAACAAGCAGAGAGAGAGAGAGAUUUCUUUUUUCUUGCUUCUGUGUAGUAAUUAGUUUUUGUCAGAGUGCCUAAUUACUGCCUCAAAGCCACAAACUUUGUUUUUUUUACAGCUUGCCUUUCAGUUUCACACCUUAACUUCCAUUGCCUUUUCUUUGUUUUGUCUGUGUACUUCAAUAUUUAUUUUUUUUGGUUAACAGGAGUCUACUUCAAUAUUACUGCUACCUGGUUCUUGUUUCUACUACAAGUACUACAAGUAAUAAUACUGUUAUUACCACUUUCAAGUACUGAUUUUUCUUGUUCUGUCUUUGUCUGAAAUCGAUGGCUUAAGUUUUGGAGUGAUUUAGAAUUUUUAGUGUUAGAAACAAACAAUUGGUUACUUCUUGUCACCAACAACAAAGUUUGUGUGUGCUAAUGGCUGCUCCUGCUCAGUUGGGUAGUUCUUCUUCUUCUUCUUCUUCAGUACCGUCUCUGCCGCCACCACGUCCAAAGUCACCACCGGCGUAUCCAGAUUUGUACGGCAAGCGUCGGGAAACGGCCAAGGUUCAGAUGCUUGAGAGAGAGAUUGGCUUUCUUGAGGAGGAACUAAAAUCUGCUCAAUCCCUUCAACCUGCUUCUAGAUGCUGCAAAGAGAUUACUGAUUAUGUGGUGGCAAACUCGGAUCCUUUUAUACCAACUAGGAAUCGGAAGAUCCGUCGGCCAUGUCGCUUCUGGAAAUGGCUCUGUGGAAUGCCAUGUUUUAACCUCUCAUGGAUCUGCUGUUGCUGCUGUACCGGGUGCUCAAAUCAUCUAGAAAGGCCGCGCUGCAGCUGCUGCAGCUGUGACUGCAAUCCAUGCAAGUAUUGUUCAUGUAAUCCGUGUAACUGUUGUUUCUGUGUUGGUUGUCAUUUUCCAAAGUGGCGGUGGUGUUGCUCUUGUCCCCGUUCAAAUUGCUGUAGAAAAGUCUCAUGCAGAAGCAACUGUUGCCAUUUCCCAUCUCCUUCAUGCCCUGAUUGCUCUUGCUGCAUAUGCAGAUGCUCAUGUCCUAAAUGUCCAAAGGUACGCCCUCGUUGCUGUUGUACAGACAUCUGUUGUAACCCUUGCUAUCUAUGUUACUAGUAUAUUCAAGCAAUUCCAUUUGGAAGCUUUGUUCCUCAACAUGGCCUUUAUUUUAAAUGGAAUAUAAACUUUGCAAA